AUGAUUGUACGCUAUCUUUCGUUUUUUUGUUUUUGUUUUUACAGUCCUAACCUUAUUACGCUCAUGGGCUUGUCGUGCAUUAUCGCUAAUGUGGCUACCUUGUUUUACUUUUCUCCUGAUCUCGGCGAAUGCCCUCAGUGGGUUUACUAUACAUUUGCCGCCGGUCUUUUCAUUUAUCAAUCGCUCGAUGCUAUCGAUGGCAAACAAGCUCGUCGCACUGGCACCUCGGGCCCUUUGGGAGAAUUAUUCGAUCAUUGCUGUGAUGCUUUGAAUACGACUUUGGGCACUUUAACUUGGGCCUCGGCUACGUAUCUUGGACAAAGCUGGUGGACCGUCGCUUCGCUUUGUGCUUCCUUGGCCAACUUUUACGUUUCCACGUGGGAAGAAUACCAUACCGGUGUGCUGUAUUUGGGCUAUUUCAGCGGUCCCGUCGAAGGUGUGCUGAUGCUUGUGGGUGUUCACUUCAUUUCGGGUGUGUUUGGUCCUGCUUUCUGGACAUUGACCGGUGUGGAAGUGUUCCCCAUGAUUGAUUGGUCCACCAAUGCUGUCGCUCGCUUCUUUGGCGGUAUGCAGCUCAACCAUGUCUUGAUUGUUAUUGGUGGAUUCGUUACCAUUUCCAACACCCUUAUGGCCAUUGUGAAUGUGCUUUGCGUGAAAUUCUGGCCUACGGAAUUAUCCCGCAAGGAUCAACCUGUCUGGAAGGCUUUGGCAGGACUUUUCCCCUUUAUCAACUUGUGCAUCUGGAGUGCCAAGUGGAUGAGCGUGUGGCCCGAUAUCGUGACUGAUCAUCUUGCUUUGUUUAUGCUGAUUCUGGGCUUAUUAUUCGCGCAUCAAGUCGGAAUCAUGAUCCUCGCUCAUGUGACCCAUCUUGAGUUCCCUCUUGUCGAUGUUCCCGUCACCCUGAUUAUCUCCAGUGGAUACUUCCUUGCCAGCUAUGAAGACACGAUCAGCCAGUACGUAAAAAGAUGUGUUCAAAUCCCCAACCCCAAGCGUGGUUCCUAA